AUAUAUAUAUAAUAAACCCUUAGAUCCGUUCUAUAUAUAUUUAUAUAUACACAAAACAUAUAUAUAUUUAAAUAGAUUCGCAUGGCUGACCCUUAUUCACAAUCACUACACCACCCUGCACUCCCCAGCCGAGGCGGCACCUCCGCCGGGAAACACCCAAUGUAUCGCGGGAUACGGAGUCGGGGCGGGAAGUGGGUGUCGGAGAUCCGCGAGCCGAGAAAGACGACCCGAAUAUGGCUGGGGACUUACCCCACGCCGGAGAUGGCUGCGGCGGCUUACGACGUGGCUGCGCUCGCACUAAGGGGAAGCGAAGCCGUACUGAACUUCCCCGCCCACGCGCCUCGCUAUCCCGUACCCGCCACGUCCUCGCCCGCGGAUAUUAGAAACGCUGCCACCGCCGGAGCCGCCAUAUUUCAGCCCGGCACCGCCGCCUCCCAGCCCCCUGCCGCCGCACCCGGCGGCGAAUAUAUCGAUGAAGAGGCGAUAUUCGAUAUGCCUAAUUUGCUGGUGGACAUGGCCGGAGGAAUGAUGGUGAGUCCGCCGAGAAUGAAUCCCCAAUCGUCCGAUGAUUCUCCCGGCUGGAAUUCCGACGCUGAAACUUGUCUAUGGAGCUUUUAAACUAACUAAAACCUAUUCCAUGCAAUAUUCCAUUAUUAAGAAAAUAAUAAUACAACAACGAACGUACGUUCCCGUUUGCCAGCAUGGAAUUGCAUGCAUGUAUUUGAUUUAGUUAAUGAAGAUUGAAUCAAACUAUGUAUGACUUCA